AUGCCGCUGAUGCGUAUACCUUACACGGCGCCUCUGCCUAGUCCUACAAUAUUGCCUGCAACUGCAUCGUCAAUUGACGGCGCAGUGGAAGCGCUCCAAAAUUUCCUCUCACGCAACGUCGACAGAACCGCGGGUGGCAAGACAUUGAUCCUUUCUGGAGCUGGGAUUUCAGUCGCCUCUGGACUAGCAGACUAUCGAGGCAGCCAGGGAACAUACACAUUGAACAAGACCUACCGGCCAAUCUACUUCCACGAAUUCACAGCCAGCCACGAGGCACGAAAGCGGUAUUGGGCACGUUCUUUUCUAGGCUGGACGACGUUACACCGGAGCACACCCAAUGCCGCACACCAUGCCGUUGGACGGCUAGGAAACCUUGGCUAUGUCGGGAAAGUAAUAACACAGAACGUUGACUCCUUUCACCAAAAGGCACACCCUAACUUGUCCAGCCUCGAGCUGCACGGAUAUCUACGCAGUACCGUCUGUUUGACAUGUCGGACCGAGUAUGAUCGGGGCCACUUCCAACAAGACUUAUCUCGUAUGAAUCCGCAAUGGGCAUCAUUUCUCGCAGAAAUGCUGGAGAGCGGUGCUCUGAGCACCGAACAUCCCUCCGAGAGGCGGCUGCUCGGACUCAAGACGAAUCCAGACGGUGACGUGGAUGUUCCUGGUGUUGAAUACAGCAGUUUCAGAUAUCCGCCCUGUCCGAAGUGUCUCAACGAUACAGCUUUGGCCAAAGCAGGCAAGAUGGUCAUCACAGACGAUGACGGGGCUUGGGCGGCAGGAAGCAAUGCGGGAGUUCUCAAACCAGCUGUGAUCAUGUUUGGAGAAUCAAUCUCCAAUCCUGUCAAAGUGGCGGUGGAAUCCGCUAUCGAUCAUUCGAGCAGUAUGCUCAUACUCGGCUCUUCCUUGGCGACAUACUCAGCCUGGCGAUUAGUGAAGAGAGCGAAAGAGCAGGGCAAAGCAAUUGCUGCCGUGAACAUAGGCGGCCUCAGAGGCGAGGAGCAGUUCUUCGCCGACGUGGCAGCAGAUGGUGACGGGGCCGAUGGCGUCAGAUGUAGCUUGCCGUUGGAACAGGUCCUACCAGCGCUCGUA